UGUUGCUUCGCGGGGAGUGCGGGCAGGAUGGAGGGGCAGGAGGAGCUGGCUGAAGAGGCAAACUAUGCAAGUAGCCCCCGGGUUCCACACACGGUUGACGGCCCGACUUUGCAGCCGAAAGGUCCCGCCCCAUCGAAACAAACUGUCCUCUCUUGGCAAGCCGCUAUCGAUGCUGCUAGACAAGCUAAGGCUGCCCAAGCAAUGAGCACCAACGAACCCCUGCCUGUUGGAUCCCUGUCUCAAAAAAAGCGCCAGCAAUAUGCUAAAAGCAAGAAACAAGGGGGAGGUUCUACAAACAACAGACCAACCCGUGCCCUGUUCUGUUUAUCCCUCAAUAACCCAAUCCGGAGAGCCUGUAUUAGUAUAGUAGAAUGGAAACCAUUUGACAUCUUUAUAUUAGUGGCUAUUUUUGCCAAUUGUGUGGCCUUAGCUGUUUUUAUCCCAUUUCCGUAUGAUGAUUCAAACUCAACCAAUCACAACCUGGAAAAAGUAGAAUAUGCCUUCCUGAUUGUGUUUACAAUUGAAACUUUUUUGAAGAUUAUUGCAUACGGAUUAGUGAUGCACCCCAAUGCAUAUGUGAGGAAUGGAUGGAAUUUACUGGACUUUGUAAUAGUCAUUGUAGGGUUGUUUAGUGUAGCUUUGGAACAAUUAACCACCAAAGAAGCCGAAGGAACUAAUCACUCAACUGGAAAAUCAGGUGGUUUUGAUGUCAAAGCCCUUAGAGCUUUUCGUGUGUUACGGCCUCUUCGAUUGGUAUCUGGAGUACCCAGUUUACAAGUUGUCUUGAAUUCUAUUAUUAAAGCCAUGGUUCCCCUUCUCCAUAUUGCCCUAUUGGUAUUAUUUGUCAUUAUUAUUUAUGCUAUUAUCGGACUUGAGCUAUUUGUUGGCAAAAUGCACAAAUCCUGUUUUUUUAUUGGAACUGACAUGUUAGCGGAAGAAGAUUCGGCACCUUGUGCGUUCUCAGGGAAUGGUCGUCUAUGUCCCGUAAAUGGAUCUGAAUGUAAGAGUGGAUGGGCUGGACCAAACGGGGGUAUAACCAACUUCGAUAAUUUUGCCUUUGCCAUGUUAACAGUUUUCCAAUGCAUUACUAUGGAGGGAUGGACGGAUGUGUUAUAUUGGGUAAAUGAUGCCAUAGGAUGUGAAUGGCCAUGGGUCUAUUUUGUUAGUCUUAUCAUCCUUGGCUCAUUUUUCGUUCUUAACCUCGUUCUUGGUGUACUUAGUGGUGAAUUCUCCAAGGAGAGAGAAAAGGCAAAAGCUCGAGGAGACUUCCAGAAAUUACGUGAAAAACAGCAGCUUGAAGAGGACCUAAAGGGUUAUCUAGACUGGAUCACUCAAGCUGAAGACAUUGACCCUGAGAACGAAGAGGAUGGUGACGAGGAGGGCAAACGAAACACAAGUAUGCCGACUAGCGAGACGGAAUCCGUAAACACAGAAAACGUGGGAGGAGAUGGAGACAACGCAGGGUGCUGUGGAAGCGUUUGUCUAUCGAUUUCCAAGUCCAAAUGCAGUCGUCGCUGGCGUCGAUGGAACAGAUUUAAUCGAAGAAGAUGCAGAGCUGCAGUAAAAUCUGUUUCUUUUUAUUGGCUUGUUAUAAUUUUAGUCUUUCUUAACACACUUACCAUCUCCUCUGAACACUAUAAUCAACCUAACUGGCUGACACAAAUACAAGAUAUCGCAAACAAAGUUCUCCUGGCUUGUUUUACUUGUGAAAUGCUGGUAAAAAUGUACAGCCUUGGUCUUCAGGCCUAUUUCGUUUCUCUCUUCAAUCGAUUUGAUUGCUUUGUGGUAUGUGGGGGGAUUACGGAAACUAUUCUCGUCGAGCUAGAGAUCAUGUCACCUCUGGGUAUAUCGGUGUUUCGAUGUGUUCGCCUUCUUCGGAUUUUUAAAGUAACAAGGCACUGGGCUUCCCUCAGCAAUUUAGUGGCGUCUUUGUUGAACUCCAUGAAAUCUAUAGCUUCUUUGUUGCUACUACUGUUUCUUUUUAUUAUUAUUUUUUCACUACUGGGGAUGCAGCUUUUUGGGGGCAAAUUUAAUUUUGAUGAAACACAAACAAAAAGAAGCACAUUUGAUAAUUUCCCUCAAUCACUCCUAACUGUGUUCCAGAUUUUAACCGGAGAGGACUGGAAUGCGGUUAUGUAUGAUGGUAUCAUGGCAUAUGGCGGCCCCUCUUCAUCUGGAAUGAUUGUUUGUGUAUAUUUCAUCAUACUUUUUAUCUGUGGUAAUUAUAUCUUGUUAAAUGUGUUCUUGGCCAUCGCAGUGGAUAAUUUAGCAGACGCUGAGAGUUUAAACACUGCUCAAAAGGAGGCGGCUGAGGAAAAAGAGAAAAAGAAAAGUGCAAGGAAAGAGAGUCUGGAAAACAAAGAAUGCGAAAAAGGAAACAAUGACCGUAAGAAAGAAUCUAAGGUAGCGGUUGACGAGGAAAAUGACGAAGACAAAGGUGGUCAAGGAGCCGAAGAAGAUGAUGAAGAAGAACCAGAAGUACCUGCAGGUCCUCGUCCUCGACGAAUGUCUGAGCUUAAUAUGAAGGAAAAAAUUACCCCAAUCCCUGAAGGGAGCGCAUUUUUUAUCUUCAGCAACACCAACCCAUUUCGUGUGGCAUGUCACAAGCUCAUCAACCAUCACAUUUUCACCAAUCUCAUCUUAGUCUUCAUCAUGCUAAGCAGUGCUUCCCUGGCCGCUGAAGAUCCAAUCCGCAGUCACUCCUUUCGGAACAUUAUACUUGGUUACUUUGACUAUGCUUUCACAGGCAUCUUUACAGUUGAGAUCUUCUUAAAGAUGUUAACUUUCGGAGCAUUUCUUCAUAAAGGCUCAUUCUGCAGAAAUUACUUUAAUUUGCUGGAUUUGCUAGUUGUUGGAGUCUCCUUGGUUUCCUUUGGUAUUCAAUCAAGUGCUAUAUCUGUGGUGAAGAUUCUUCGAGUUUUGAGAGUGCUCAGGCCACUGAGAGCCAUUAACAGAGCAAAAGGACUGAAGCAUGUGGUUCAGUGUGUGUUUGUUGCAAUUCGGACUAUUGGUAACAUAAUGAUAGUCACCACAUUGCUGCAGUUUAUGUUCGCUUGUAUCGGAGUUCAACUUUUUAAGGGGAAAUUUUAUCGCUGUUCAGAUGAAGCGAAGCAGACCCCAGAGGAGUGCAAGGGGAAAUACAUUGUUUACAAAGACGGAGAUGUUAAUAACCCUUCAAUCAGAGAGAGACAUUGGUUUAACAGUGAUUUCAACUUUGACAAUGUGCUUUCCGCUAUGAUGGCCCUCUUUACAGUGUCCACUUUUGAAGGCUGGCCCGCACUUCUCUAUAAAGCCAUUGACUCAAAUGGUGAAAAUGUUGGACCCAUAUACAACAAUCGAGUGGAGAUCUCCAUUUUCUUCAUAAUCUACAUCAUCAUCAUCGCCUUCUUCAUGAUGAACAUCUUUGUUGGUUUUGUGAUUGUUACGUUCCAAGAACAGGGUGAAAAAGAGUAUAAGAACUGCGAGCUGGACAAAAACCAGCGUCAGUGUGUAGAAUAUGCAUUGAAAGCGCGUCCUUUACGAAGAUAUAUCCCCAAAAACCCAUAUCAGUAUAAAUUCUGGUAUGUGGUCAACUCCACGGGGUUUGAAUACAUCAUGUUUGUCCUUAUCAUGCUGAAUACACUGUGCUUAGCCAUGCAGCACUAUGGGCAGUCCAAAAUAUUUAAUGAUGUGAUGGACGUCAUGAAUAUGGUUUUUACUGCCGUGUUCACUGUAGAAAUGGUUUUGAAACUUAUAGCUUUCAAGCCGAAGGGCUAUUUUAGUGAUGCCUGGAAUACCUUUGAUUCCCUCAUCGUUAUUGGCAGCAUUGUAGACGUGGUCCUCAGCGAAGCUGACCCUUAAAAAAGUCAGAACGUACCAGUCCCCUACACAGCCGUGCCUGGUAGCUCAGAAGACAGCGCAAGGAUCUCAAUUACAUUUUUCCGCCUCUUUCGUGUGAUGCGAUUGGUAAAACUUCUAAGCAGAGGAGAAGGGAUACGAACGUUGUUAUGGACAUUUAUCAAGUCGUUCCAGGCUUUACCAUACGUCGCUCUCCUAAUAGCAAUGCUGUUCUUUAUCUAUGCUGUCAUUGGUAUGCAGGUUUUUGGUAAAGUUGCUAUGAGGGAUAACACCCAAAUUAACAGAAACAAUAACUUCCAGACGUUCCUUCAAGCUGUGCUGCUUUUGUUCAGGUGUGCAACCGGGGAGGCGUGGCAAGAUAUCAUGUUGGCCUGUUUACCUGGAAAACCUUGUGAUCCUGAAUCUGAUUCGAACCCUGGAGAGGAAUAUACAUGUGGAAGCAAUUUUGCCAUUGUAUAUUUCAUCACAUUCUACAUGCUGUGUGCUUUCUUGAUCAUCAACCUUUUUGUUGCUGUUAUUAUGGACAAUUUUGAUUAUCUUACUCGUGAUUGGUCCAUACUGGGCCCCCAUCACUUGGAUGAAUUCAAAAGAAUAUGGUCUGAAUAUGAUCCGGAGGCUAAAGGAAGAAUAAAACACCUUGAUGUGGUCACGCUCCUGCGACGUAUUCAGCCACCACUUGGCUUUGGAAAAUUAUGUCCUCACAGAGUCGCAUGUAAGAGAUUGGUGGCCAUGAAUAUGCCUCUCAAUAGCGAUGGGACAGUAAUGUUUAACGCCACGCUGUUUGCACUUGUUAGAACUGCGCUAAAAAUCAAAACAGAAGGUAAUUUAGAACAGGCCAAUGAAGAACUGAGGGCGGUGAUAAAGAAAAUAUGGAAGAAAACCAGCAUGAAGCUCCUUGAUCAAGUUGUCCCUCCUGCAGGCGAUGAUGAGGUAACCGUGGGGAAGUUCUAUGCCACCUUCCUGAUACAGGACUACUUUAGGAAAUUCAAGAAGCGCAAAGAACAAGGACUGGUGGGGAAAUACCCUGCAAGGAAUUCUACAGUAGCUUUACAGGCGGGGUUAAGAACGCUUCAUGAUAUUGGACCUGAAAUUCGCCGAGCUAUAUCAUGUGACCUGCAAGACGACGAACCAGAGCAAAAUAAUCAUGAGGAAGAGGAAGAAGAUAUAUACAGAAGGAAUGGUGGACUAUUUGGGAAUCAUGUUAACCAUGUACCCAAUGACAGAAGGAAUUCCUAUCAGCAAACUAACACCAUGAGACGCCCAUUGCAUGUGCAGAGACCUUCAAGCCGAUCUGCAAGUGAUACGGAAAAGUCAAUAUACUCUAAUACAGGGAACUCACUGCAUCAUAACCAUCACAACCAUAAGUACGCAGGAAAGCAAGUAUCAAAUUCCACAAAUGCCAAUCUUAAUAAUGCAAAUAUGUCCAAGUCGGUAAAUGGAAAACAUUCAAGUCUUUCUGUUCAUGAUCACACAUCUGAGAAUGGCUAUUAUUCUUACUCCAGGAACGACUAUGAAAAAACAAGAAAACCAAGUAUUAAAAGGACUCGCUAUUAUGAAAGCUAUAUUAGGUCUGAGUCUGGAGACAGGAAUAUGCCUGUUAUCUUCCGUGAAGAUCCAGAUUUCGUGGACUACAUUGAAGAUCAGUAUUUGGGUGAAAAUGAAUACUACAGUGGGGAUGAAUAUUAUGAAGAAGAUAGUAUGCUUUCUGGGAACAGGCAAAUAUAUGAUGAACCAGUGCUUUACCAAACCAAUGACUUGGACUAUGAGACACCAAGAGGCUAUCAUCAUCCAAAUAGCUUUUUUGAAGAGGACGAUUCCCAUAUGUGCUAUGAAUCAAGACGAUCCCCAAGAAGGCGAUUGCUACCUCCAACUCCUCCAUCAAACCGAAGAUCUUCUUUUAAUUUUGAAUGCCUACGAAGACAAAGUAGUCAGGAUGACAUCCCCCUGCCCGCUGCAUAUCACCACCGAACUGCUUUGCCAUUGCAUUUAAUGCAGCAACAGAUUAUGGCCGUUGCUGGCCUGGACUCCAGUAAAGCACAAAAACAUUCGCCAUGUCGUUCUACAAGAUCCUGGGCUACUCCACCAGCCACCCCAAACAACAGGGAUAGGACACCUUUCUACACACCUCUUAUCCGAGUGGACCGAGCAGAAUCGAAGGAGCAGAUGAACGGAAGUCUCCCUUCUUUGCAGAGAAGCUCCUGGUACACCGAUGAUACGGAUAUUUCCUACAGGACGUUUACUCAGUCCAAUCUAGCAGUACCUAUUGACUUCAGGAAUAAACAAAGCGACAAACAAAGAAGUGCGGACAGCUUAGUAGAAGCCGUUUUAAUAUCUGAAGGAUUAGGGAGAUAUGCCAAGGAUCCUAAGUUUGUGUCUGCCACAAAACAUGAGAUUGCUGAUGCUUGUGACAUGACUAUUGAUGAGAUGGAAAGUGCAGCAAGUAAUCUUCUUAAUGGAAGCAUUCGUAAUGGGACAGCUGGAGGCGAUAAGUUUCCUAUCCUAAGUAAAAGAGACUACGAACUUCAAGACUUUAGCCCUGGCUUUAGCGAUGAAGAGCCAGAGCCUGCUAAAUACGAAGAAGACUUAGCAGAUGAAAUGAUAUGUAUAACAACAUUAUAGUAUUUAAUUAACACUCACACUUACGAUUAUAACGCAAAAAAAGUGCCUCGUAAUCAAAAUGAUAGAUGGCACUAAUAUGAAAGCAAGACCAAUUCGGGGUUUGUGAAGUCGCAAAACGAAAUAAAGCCAUGGGUCCUCAGCGAAGUGCAGGAGAUAAGCGGCUGUUGCGGUUAUGUGCUGCAGAAUGGUCUUUUUCCCCAUCAUGCUAAUGUCUAUGCUUCACUUUGGAAGGUACCAGUUAAAUGAAGUAAGACUUAUAAACGGAAUCAUUCAGAUGGAAAAGAAAGCGUUAUUUAUACUGUACUAAGCAGAGGACGCAGCUAACGGAAUCUGUGAUUUUAUGACAAUCAAUAUGGCUUCUGCCAUUAAUGUCAUAUCAUAUAUGCUUAUGAUUAUCAAAUUCAGUCCGUUUUUUUAUUUAACCAUUUAUUUUCGACCUCUUCAAUGACAGAGGGUAAUAACCAACACUUUUUUUGUCCUGUACAAUUCUGCACAUAAGGGAUCAUUAAAAAAUCAGAAUGAUUAUUUUUUUUAUAUACAUAUACUGUAUAUAUAGAUAUAUAUAUGUAAAGAUAACUAAAAUGAUGUAAUAUCAUUUGGAUAGUCAUUUUUUUGACUACGAUAAGGGCAAACUACACCGGAAUAAUUGCAUUUUUUUAUGUUAAUGCACUUGCAGCCAGGUGAACUUUGAUAGUUGUUUCAAAUGACAAACUAGAUUUCCUGUACAUUAUCUGUAAUAUAUACUAAUUUGUAUUUGUAAAGAGAUGUUCUAUAUUUUGUAAUCUUCGUAUGGUAAUUGACCUGGAGCAAUAUUUAAGGAUUUAAUUAAUGUAGUUCUUCACGCAAAAAAAAUAAUUAAUAAAUCAAAAUGUAAUUAUUUUUUGGGAUAAUAUAGAAGUCUACGCCAAUAUAACUACAAUAAAAAAAGUAAAUUUCUUUUCAAAAUGAAAAUCUAGGAAAAUGUCAGACUGCAAAGAUUAUUAUUUUUUAAUAUUUUCUGUCAAAAUGAAUAUAUCUUGAAAAAAGCUAUGAAAUUACUUUUGUGAGUUUGUAUUUUGUUUGACAGUGAGCUGUAAAACUUUUUAACUGGCAAUGAACCAAAAAAUGUUUUAUUAUACAAAUUCACUGGAUUUUAUAAUAUUGAUUUUAUUUAAAACAAGAUGUGUGGACAAUAUAUUUUCUUUUUUUUUGCAUAUCUAUCAAACUACAUAAAAGAAAAUAUAUUUAUUAUUUUGUUCCAAUUCUGUGCGUUCUAAUUAAGAAAACAAAAUCUAUAUUGUCCAACUUUGAGAGGAAAGCAUAUAAUUACAUUCCAACAUGUUAGAGACAACAUGCAUUGUACAAAUAUUUUGAUAUAUUAAUAUAUUAAAGAUACAAAUCUCA